CAACGUACGUUUGGCGGUCUUCGCUCGCGAGCAGCCUGGCGCGUUUUUGAAGCCGUGGAAAAUGUCAAGAAAACCGCUUCGGUUCGUGGCGGCUCCAGAACUAUUAAAGUGAGGAGCUGCGCGCUUCGCUCGGGUUCAUCCUGCCUCUGGACUGCUGGGAGAUGUUCGGCAGACUUUCUGAAGCCGCGCAGAGCCGGGCUGCUGUGAGACUUAGCUUGUUGUUUUUCCAGUAAAACCUGCCGACGACAGAAAACUAUGACCGACACGGUCGCUCUUUAUUUACACACAAAGUAGUGUGAGAAAAAAAAAGAAGCAGUAAAGACGUCAAACCCCUGAAGUUGCAACAAGUUGCGGGUUCAACAUAUCGGUCUCUUAAAAUUAUGGCUGGUGUUGUGGCCAUGGCUUCUGUCAUUGAGGACUUUGACACUCAGCCCUGCAAGAAGUCUCGCAAAGAUGGCGGCAGCCCUGUCGUCAAGAUGAUCACAAACUAUUUCUCCCCUGUUCCCAAACCUGCGGAGAAACCCUUCUCUCCUCCUCGCUCCAACAACAUCAUGGACUACUUCAGCCGAAAGGCUCCGUCUUCUAAAGGAAAGCCAAGUCCGCCGCAGGACCUCAAGGAAAACCGUCAAAAACCCGAGCCUGAGGACAAACGCGCCGCCACGGAAACGGGGAAGAAGCCGUCGGAAAAGCGGGGCAGGAAGGCCAGCAGGGUUGCGAGGAAACUGGAGCCGACUGAAGCCGUCGGUCGCACCGACGACGACGACAGCUGCGUGAUUGUUGAGGAAACGCAAGAAAGCAAAGGUGCGGCUGGCGGCGCCGGGACCCUCGGCGGCGACACGGCGGCGUUGUUGUCAAAGUUUAGUGCAGAGACACGUGAAUCCGAAAACAUCAGUAAAACGGUCAGUGACGAGCAAACGGAGUUGGAUUCGCCUCAGGAGAGUGAAGCCAAAUGUGAAAACAGCGACGAUUUAAAACCAAAGCCGAACACUAACGCUGUAUCCCCAAGAGUUGAAGUAAAACGCGCCAAAAAGGCGAGGAAAGCUACGAAGAGGCAGCAAAAAGAGACGACGCACCCAGAGCCGGAAGAGAAGGAAGCAGCAGGGUCACUUUGUGACGUUAGUACGGACGUCAGCUCGGACGACGCCUCCCAGCUGAACAGCAGCACUGUGACCAUCUCCUUUGAGGAGUUUGUGCGGAGUCAGAACCAAGACGAGAGGAAGAGCGCAGAAAAGCCGGCGCAGUUAAACCGCGAGCAGCAGGACGGCCCUAAAGCCGACGACAGCGUGGGCCCGGCCCAGGUCUCGCCCCGGACCCUCACCGUCCAAGCCGAGGUGCACGCCGUUUCACCCAAACAGGCCGCCGUCAAGGCUGGCGGAAAGCUGGCUUCCAUCUUCACGCGGAGAAAAGGCCCCGCCGAGUCCGCUGCGUCUCCUCCCGCAGACGACCUGCGCCGGCCUCCCUCUGCCUCGCCGACCGUCAGACGGAGGUCCAACGUGGUCCUUCAGGAGGAGGACCUGGAGCUGGCCGUGAUCGAGAGCGAGUCCGCUCCAAAGUGCAGCGACGCAGAGAGGAAGCAGUUCAUGGCUGCCUUCAAGCAGCCCGGCGCCGACGGGUCCAAGGCCAAAGCGGUGAAAAGCAAACAGAAGCAGGCCGAGGAGACGGGGGCGGCAGACGAAGCCGCCGAGGGUGGCGACGUCCUGCUUCCUCCUGGCGAGCAAGGCUCCCAGGACGGCAAAGCGCCCCAAAAGAAAAGGGGAAGAAACAAAGCGAAAGGCAAACGCGAGGCAACCCACACGUCUCCUGCUGCCUCAGCCGCCAAAGAAACUGAGGUCGCUUCUGUUGAAGCAGGAGAUGAGGAAGAAGGGCCUCCCGUCAGCUCAGCUCCCACAGUCCCAGCUCUGAGGAGGUCCAGACGAGAGACCGGGGCUAUGACGCCGCCUGAAAACACCCCGACCGCUCCUCAGAGGAAAACCAGGAGACAGAAGGAAGCAAAGGAGGCCCGGAGCGCCGCUUCCCCUCCGCUCAGCCCCGCAGACACGUCUACGCCGAAGACGCGGCGGUCCAGACACGGCGUCUUCGUAGCAGAGAUGGUGUGUCCGCCAGACGCAAGCGAAAGCCCGAUCAGAAUGAGAUUAAGCAGAGUUCAGAAAAAGGUUCGAGCAUCUAAGGCAGAAAGUGGCGACGACAUGAACGCGUCUUCAAAUAAAAUGCUAACCGAGUCCAAGAAAAGACAGCAGGCGAAGAAAUUAGUGGAGAAGGCCAAAAUGAUUCAGCAAAGCAAGAAAACCACCGAGAAGGAAACGUUGCGGCGGUCGUCCCGAACUAAGACCUCCGUCAGCAAGAGCUACUGUGAAGACGAGGAUUCUGUUAUCUGUGUCGAGGACCUGACCAGCACUCCUCAGAGCGCGCCGGAAAGGACUAAAGCCCAGAAGACCCUGCGCAGCCUGAAUGAAGUUCUGGGCAAAGCGGCGGCCCCUGGCAAAGAAUCCAAAACUGUCCCAGCAGGCCUCAAAGCGGCCUCUUCGGGCCAGGACAGGUCAGCUCGCAAGGCGCCGGCAGUGAUUUCCAUCUUUGACGACAGCAGCCGCGAGGAUACAGAAAACUCUCAGGACGGCGAGCAGUCCAGGGCGCGCAGGGAGUUCCUGAAGAGCGGCCUCCCCGAGUCUUUUAGGAAGCAGAUGGCAAAGACCGCUGCCACCAAGGAGGCCUACUCCGCCUCCUCUUCAUCCUUUCAGCCGGUCUCGCACACAACGCAGCCCCCCGAUGAUUGUCCUCUGUGGAGGCUGCCGUGGCCUGAGUCUUCGUUGCUGGGUCAUUUAAAGGACCUUUGGAGCCACACGCAGACCCCACCUCCAUCUGUUAGUGGGACUCUGAGCGUAAAGACAGAACCGGCUAGCAGGAGUUACAAUGGAAAGGGGUCAAUCCAGAGGCCUGAAAUAUCUGAAGAUGACCGGCAGCUCCUGAUGAAGGAGUUCUGCUCCAGAAACCCUCACUUCCCGGCUCAGAUGCUUUUCUCUCGCCUCCAGAAAAGACGCGCUGACCUCCAGCAGCGGCUCACGGCUUCAGAGCCAGAAGGAGACUCCCGCGCUCCUCUGCCGGACCAAACUGUCGGAGGGAAGAGGAAGAGGAAGGAGGAGGAGCGGGAGAAUAACGUGAAGGUGGCCAAGAAGCAGAAGCCCAACCAUUCAGAGGAGGUCGUCUCCCCAGCCGAACAGGAGGCUCCCAGAAGGGGAGGCCGUAGCAGACGAGCUCAGAGAUCCAGAAUAAAGGCAGAUAAGGAGGAAACUAAGGCCCUCGUCCCCUCUGAGGAGGACUCUGUCAUCGUGGUGGACGACCUCGACGUGGUAGAGACAACUGGAAGGACAGAACCAGCAAAGGAGGAGCUGCUCUGGACCGAUAAGUACCAGCCGCAGCUCUCUAGUGACAUCGUGGACAACACCCCUGCAGUGAGGAGGCUUUACAGUUGGCUAAAAGAUUGGAAACUUCGUGCAGACAGAGACGAGAGGAAAAGCCAGAAGGAUAAGAAACAGGAAGAGGGCAGCGACGAUUCAGAAUGGGACCGCGGAGAGGACGACUACCAGGAUGCGGACGACGCUUUAUGCAACACGGUGCUGAUCACCGGGCCCACUGGAGUCGGAAAAACCGCUGCAGUUUACGCCUGCGCCCAAGAGCUGGGCUUCAAGGUGUUCGAGGUGAACGCGUCAUCUCAGCGAAGCGGUCGGCUUAUCCUGUCCCAGCUGAAGGAGGCCACUCAGUCCCACCAGGUGGACAGUCAGGGCGUCAACGCCCACAAACCCGCCUACUUCACCAGCUACGGAUCGAGCAGCAGCGCCGGCUCGGCCCGGCCCGGAUCGUCUCCAAGAAAGGGCAGCUCUCCUCGCACGGUGGUGUCAUCCCCAAGGAAAAAUCCUCAGUCACCAAGAAGGGCUAAAAAAGGAAGCCUGGCUCCAACAUCGUUAGCCAAGUUCUUUAAAACGGUUCAGCCGGCCAACAAAGAGCCAGACAAACCCGAGCAGGCAGCUCCUUCCAAGAAAGCCGCGAAGGCCAGUGGCGACAAAACCAAACGGCCGGCAGCCGCCGUUGAGAAAAGCAGCGAGGAGCAGAGCAAGAAGAGCGCCACGUCGCUCAUCCUGUUUGAAGAAGUGGAUGUUAUUUUUGAUGAUGACUCAGGAUUUCUUGCUGCCAUCAAGACAUUCAUGAGCACCACCAAGAGGCCAGUCAUCCUCACCACCAGUGAUCCGACUUUCAGCGCCUUGUUUGACGGAAACUUUGAAGAGAUUCAUUUUAAGAAGCCGUCAGUGGCGAACGUGGCCAGCUACCUGCAGCUGCUCUGUUUGGCCGAGGACAUGAGGACACACCCGUCAGACGUCAGCUCCCUGCUCAAACUCAACGGCUGUGACGUCAGGCAGAGCUUGUUGCAGCUUCAGUUCUGGGCUCGCAGCGCGGGAAGCCGCCCUUCACCCAGACCACUGGUGCAGACGGGCCUCAGUGAAGCCAAACCGGACCCAGAAGCAGCUGAGGCGUCGGCAGCCGUCCCGUCCAGCCUCCCUCCGUGUGACAGCGGCUGCACCGAGAGCAAGCUGGGCCUGCUGAACAUCGAGCCUGACAGAGACGUCUGGCAGCUGCUCAGGAGCGAAUGCUUGUUGGAGGCGCCCGUUUGCUGGGAGCUCCUGACGGACAGCAGGCGGCGAGGAGUCGACCUGCUUUAUUCCAACAUGGAGAACCUCUUACCUCUUCCUGUCACGCAGCCAUCGACCUCUAAACCCACACGCCGUCCUGCCGCAUCACAACACCUCCGAUCUGAGAGUCCGAGGGCGCAGCCACCGUCCCCGUCCCCCGGCGUCGGCCCGUCGCACGCCGCAGACUCAGCCGAUUGCUCAGACGGCUGCAGCCCCGUCAAAGUGUCCAGCAGAAUGAAGAGGAAUAAAACACGACACCGUCUGCCCGCCAGGGACGGGUUGCGCUCUGAUUCGGACUCGGAGGACGGAUUUCCGUCUCUCUGCGGGAAGCAGGAGGACCCUCAAACGAAAGAGAGAGCUGAUUCUGAAAGGAAGCCGCCGACCGCAGAGGAGCAGAUAAAAAGUGUCCCCGUCUCACAGUGCCUCCGAUCCAUAGCCGACUUCUGGGACAACAUGUCCUAUGUGGAUUCCUCCCUCCGUUUCCCCCGCGAAGGGCUCGACACUCCCAGACGGUCGUCGGUUAGCGCCGCCAUCAAAGACGGGAUGACCGACGAGUCGAGGAUUGAGGCGGGGAGGGAAAGCUGGGCCACGGGAAGCCGCGUCCUCGAGAUCCAGGCGGCCGUGGAGGCGCUGAGCUUCCACCGGUGUCGAGCUUCGGUGGCCGACGCCUGGGAUAAAACGCAGCAGCUAGCCGGAGCGCUGAGGAGAGAGGCGGCGGAGGAGCUCACGCUUCCUCUGGCUUCUCAUCGGGAAGGUUGCAGCUUCACUCAGGAAGGACUCAGUCAUCCGCAGUUGGCCCAGCGGAGGAAGGAAGUGAUGGAGAGUCUGUGUUUUAAGGUCUUCGGCACUCUUGGCAACAGGCAGGCGGCUGCUCUGGAUUAUCUUCCCGCCAUGCGCACCGUCUGCAGAGCAGAGCGGCUGAAGGAGCAAGGAAAGGUUAAGAGAAGGUUCCUGCACUAUCUUGAUGCGAUCCACCUGGGGCUUGAGAAGAGCACUCUGCAGUUUCUUGCUGAAGAUUUCCCCUAAACCCCCUCAGAUUCUGUCCUGAUUACACAUGAGCCACAGAUAAGCGGACGUAAGAACCUCCAUCUCUGGUUUCUCUGAAGGUAGAGGCAACAUGAGUUCUGGUGUCUGGGGGGGGGGAUUGUGGACGGCUGCAGCAACGUGCCGGUUUUGGCUUUUAUUUCUGACUCGCCUCAGCCCGAGAUUGGUUGCUCACAAAAAGGACGGUUUGCACUUAUUUUAUCAAUAUGGAAACUUCUAAAUGCAGAAAGUCCCAGAAAUUAAGAGCACACGACUAAAUAACCUCCCAUUUGACAUCUUUUUUUUUUUUGUGCUUUGAACGCUUUAUAUGAAAUUCAUCUGGAAGGCGGGGUUUUGUACAGUAGUGUUUUGUAGCUUGAUUUAUUAGUCUUUUGGAUUUUUGCCAACCGUUUAACAAUAAAACAUGCUACUCAUUUAAAAGUAUGAGUUUUUCAAUCGUUUUAGGAAAUAAAUCUGUAAAAUACAAUCUGCUUCUAUAUUUGUAAAGGCUGUGUGUAUAAAUUAUCACUUUGGAUCUUGGUUCUUGCAGCUUAUUGUAGACAAAUAGCUUUUAACAGGAAGUUCUGUAUUAGACAGCCCUGAGUUUCACAUUCUUCAUUGAUUGUUUUUUUUUUAAUAUAAUUUUGUUUUCCAGCCUUAAAUAUGUACAAAAGUUUUCAGUUGGCUUUCUUUGUAAACAAAUAAAAGGCUUAACCCAA